CCCGCAGACUCGCAAUAGAAGAAGUGUGCUGCUCCCGUUCCUCGCGCACAUUGACAGAAUCUCACAGAGGAACACCUGGACACCCCCUCUCCCCUUCCCACUAUGGCUGACUCCAUGGAUAUAGAUGACUCUUUGUACAGUCGGCAGCGGUAUGUGCUGGGGGACAGUGCUAUGCAGCAGAUGGCCCAGUCCAAUGUGUUUCUCAGUGGAAUGGGAGCUCUUGGAGUGGAAAUAGCAAAAAACAUCGUUCUGGCAGGAGUGAAGGCUGUCACUCUUCAUGACUGUAAGCGAUGUGAAGUUUGGGAUUUGGGCACCAACUUCUUCAUCAGAGAGGAGGAUGUGCAUAGCCAGAAGAAAAGGGUGGAGGCUGUCCAUUCUCGAGUGGCUGAGUUAAACCCAUAUGUUCAGGUCAGUGUGUCCACUGAUGUCCUGGACGAAAGCACUGACCUCAGCUUCCUAAAGAGAUAUCAGUGUGUAGUGUUAACAGAAACAAAGCUCAGCUUACAGAAACGAAUCAACAAUUUCUGCCACUCUCAGCAGCCUCCUAUUAAGUUUAUUGGCUGUGAUGUGUUUGGGAUCUGCUCGCGAGUAUUUUGCGAUUUUGGGGAUGCGUUUGAGGUGUUGGACCCUACGGGAGAAGAACCAAAAGAACUCUUCAUCCAAAACAUCAGCCAGGGGAAUCCUGGCAUUGUGACAUGUAUGGACAGCCGAAUACAUGGCCUCCAGACCGGGCAGAGUGUGUGUUUUAAAGAGAUCAAUGGCAUGAUUGAACUCAAUGGUACCACUCACCAAGUUACAGUUCUGUCUCCCUACAGUUUUGCGAUUGGUGAUACCUCAUCAUUCCAGCCAUAUGCUCAUGGAGGAAUCUUCCGCUUGGUCAAAACUUCCAAAACCUUCAACUUUGAGAUGAUGGAGCAGCAGUUAUCAGACCCUCGGCUCCUUACUCCAGACUUUAGUAAACCAGAGGUCCCAUUGCAGCUUCAUACAAUCAUGUUAGCUUUGGAUGCUUUCCUGGAACAGCAUGCUAGACUCCCCAACAUCGGUUGUUUACAGGAUGCUGAGGUGCUCCUGAAGUUCACUGAGGAGAUCAGCAGAACAUUAAAAAUCAAAGUAUGCAUAAAUCAGGAGUUGGUGAAAUGCGUGUCACGCUGUGCGAGAGGAUGUCUCUCUCCUCUAGCGGCAGCAGUGGGUGGUAUUGCUAGUCAGGAGGUUUUAAAAGCUCUCACUGGAAAGUUUUCCCCUCUUCACCAAUGGUUUUAUCUUGAUGCGGUGGAGGUGGUUCAGCCCCUCCAGUCUCUUCCUGCUGAGGAAUUUGCCCCAAGGGGUGACCGGUACGAUGCAUUGAGGGCAUGUAUCGGAGAGUCACUGUGUUUGACACUGCACAAGUUUCGAGUCUUUAUGGUGGGCUGCGGUGCUAUUGGCUGUGAGAUGCUGAAGAAUUUAGCACUUCUGGGUGUCGGAUUAAGCAGAUGCUCAGGAGAGAUAUGCAUUACCGAUCCAGAUUUGAUUGAGAAAUCAAACCUCAAUAGACAGUUUCUCUUCAGACCUCACCAUAUACGGAAGCCAAAGAGCACUACAGCAGCAGCAGCUACAUUAGAAAUAAACCCAGAGAUGAAUAUAGAUGCUCAUCUGAAUAAAGUGUGUCCUGAUACAGAGGACAUUUAUUGUGAUGCUUUCUUCUCCCGUCUCAACCUGGUGGUCACCGCACUGGACAACGUGGAGGCACGGAGAUACGUGGAUAGUCGAAGCGUAUCCAAUCAGAAAGCUCUGUUAGACUCUGGUACCAUGGGUACGAAAGGGCACACUGAGAUCAUCGUCCCAUACCUCACUGAAUCCUACAACAGCCAUAGAGACCCACCGGAAGAGGAGAUUCCGUUUUGCACUCUGAAAUCUUUUCCUGCUGUUAUUGAGCACACCAUUCAGUGGGCCAGAGACAAGUUUGAGAGUGCUUUCUCCCACAAACCCACCUUGUACAACGUGUUCUGGCAGAGUCAUUCAUCAGCUCAGGAUGUGUUACAGAGUAUGAUGGGUGGGGAGAGUAUGGAUGGAGCAUUUCAGGCCAUUAAGUUGCUGAGUCGGAGACCCACUCAUUGGGAUCACUGUCUAACUCUUGCUCGACUCAAGUUUGACAAGUACUUCAAAAGAAAGGCAUUACAACUACUGCACUCAUUUCCACUGGACACACGGCUAAAAGACGGCAGCCUGUUCUGGCAGUCUCCCAAACGGCCGCCUUCUCCUAUAGAGUUUGACCUCAAUGACCCGCUGCAUUUCAGUUUUGUUGUCAGCGCAGCUCGGCUUUUUUCCGAAAUCUAUAAUAUCCAAUAUUCAGAAGAGAAACUCUCCUACGAGGCUGUUUCAAGUGUUUUAGCUGAAGUGGAGGUUCCUGAAUACAGACCAGCUGAAAAGCAUAUAGAGACCGAUGAGACUAUUAAGAAGCCUGAUCAGUUGAAAAUGACAGUGAGCAGUGAAGAGGAGAGAGAAGCAAUCAUACAGCUACAGGAGGCCAUCAACUCUAACUUUGUAACACCAGAGAGGCUACGCAUGACUGCACUUUCCUUCGAAAAGGAUGACGACUCAAACGGACACAUGGAUUUCGUAGCAUCAGCGUCUGCUCUGCGAGCUCAUAUGUACGCCAUUGAGGCUGCUGACAGACUACAAACCAAACGAAUUGCGGGUAAAAUCAUUCCUGCUAUCGCCACAUCUACAGCUGCUGUAGCAGGACUGGUGUCAUUGGAGUUGAUGAAAGUUGCUGGUGGUUAUGGAUUUGAGUUAUUUAAAAACUGUUUCUUCAACCUGGCCAUUCCAGUCAUGGUGCUCACAGAAACAGCUCAGGUCAAGAGAACCCAGAUCAGAGAGGAUAUCUCCUUUUCUAUCUGGGACCGUUGGACUAUCUUUGGUCAUGAGGACUUUACCUUGUCUGAUUUCAUAAGCGCAGUAAGGGACGAGUAUGGAAUUGAGCCCACCAUGGUUGUUUACGGAGUGAAAAUGCUGUAUGUGCCGGUUUUACCGGGCCAUAACAAAAAACUCAAACUGACAAUGCAGAAACUGAUUAAACCCUCAGCAGGCAGGAAGUAUGUUGACCUUACCGUAUCAUUUGCUCCUGAGCUGGAUGGUGACGAAGACCUACCUGGUCCCCCAGUCCGCUAUUACUUUAGUCGAGAAAGCGAGAGUGGCGAGAAGGCCUGAUGCAUACACACACACACACACACACACACACACACACACACACAAACACAUACACUCUGUCUCCUCUCUUGCCCUGUGGACCACAAGUGGAGUAGCACUUGAUUUGUCUCAUUGUACAUAGUGAAUUUUUGUUUUCUACUGGUUUAUUAUUUUAUUGCACAGUGUUGUCUGUGCAGAUGCCUUAAGAUAAUUAUAUUAUGCUUCAAUGUGACAGUAAUAAUGAUUAUAAUAUUAAUACUCUGAAGAGUAAAACAAAAAGAAAGUGUUUACACAACUUCCCCAGGGCUUAUUAUUCUAUGUUAGUCUAUUAGACUGGUAGAGGACUUGGUAAAAGUCAAGAGAGGGCUUGUGAGAGACGAACAUUCAUCAUGAAUCAGCAGUAAUUUAUUUGCACGUUUUAGGAGGAUAUUGCGGAAAAGUUGUCAGUCACUGUAAGCAACAUAAACGCCAAAGAUUUUGCAUCUGGUUUAAAAUGUUUAUCAUCAGCAUUUAGCAAUUCUUCACGACUGUUUUCUCCUGAAUGUGGCUGUCAGCUCCUUGGCUUGUGAUACGGUAAAGAAAAUUGCUUUGUAAUGUUACAUCUACAAUGGCAGUUCAAAAUGCGUUCAGAAAUGCCACUAGGGGGCGCUAUAGUUAACGCUUUCCUGCUACUAUCAGCUGCUUGCUGUGCAGUGACUUAAAGAAUGAGGUUCUACAUAAUUGACAGUGAUAUAUGUAAUCCCGUACGUGAUGGUAUAUAUAUAUCAGUAAGUCCAACCUGCAUGCUGACAUCAAAAACAGGCUUUUUCACUGCAUCUGCAGUCUUGCUGAUGUCAUUGACUCAUCCUAAAGUGUCCUUUAGGCAGCUGGCUGUUGCUUAGCACACAUUUGAUUGGCAGUAGUGAUCAGAAAGUACUCACGCACACAUCCUGACCCGACACUAAGCUUUGAGCUUACAGUGGACACUUUGGAAUGCACAAAGAGCCGGAACAACAAGGAAAAGUUUUCUAGUUUGAUCCCUUUAAAAUGGCAAACAUUAAGUUGCACAGAAUUCCCUCUCUUGAUGUCCAGCAUUUACAGUUUAUAUGAUAUCGGAUGAUAUCUAAAAGAGCUAAACCAGUGAUUGGAAAAUAUGAUGUCAUUGUGACUACAGUAUUCAAAAGAAAGUCCAAUAAAUCAAAAAUGUAAAUCAAGUCAAAAUGCAUUUAUUUUUUUUCUUUCUCCUUUGUUCUUGCAACAAAAAAGGCAGUUUGUGGUAGUGUGCAGAAUGUAAUGUAAUACUGAAAUACACUUUUUUUUCUCUUCUGCUCAGCCUGUAUUUAUUUGAUCCAAAGUACAGCAAGAACAGUAACAUUUUAAAAUAUUUUUACUUUUUAAAAUAACUGUUUUCUAUUUGAAUAUAUUUUAAAAUGUAAUUCCUGUGAUCAAAUCUAAAUUUUCAGCAUCAUUACUACAGUCUUCAGUGUCAUAUGAUCCUUCAGAAAUCAUGCUAAUAUGCUGAUUUGCUGUUCAAGAAACAUUUUUUAUUAUCAUUAGAAAUAUUUAAAACAGCUGAGUACAUUUUUCAUGAUUCUUUAAUGAAUAGAAAGAUCCAAAGAUCAGCAUUUAUCUGAAAUAAAAAGCUUUUGUAACAUUAUACACUAUACGAUUCAAAAGCUUGGAGUAUGUAUAAUUUUUUAAAGAAAUUAUAGAAAUUAAUACUUCUAUUUAGCAAGGAUGCUUGAAAUUGAUUAAAAGUGAUAAAAAAAGAUUUCUAUUUCAGAUAAAUGCUGUUCUUCUGAACUUUCUACUUGUCAAAAAAAAAAACUAAAAAAAAAUUUACUCAGCUGUUUACAACAUCAUAAUAUUAAUAAAUGUUUUUUGAGCAUCAAAUCAGAAUAUUAGAAUGAUUUCUGAAGGAUCAUGGGACUGGAAUAACAAUGCUAAAAAUUCAGAUUUGAAAUCACAGGAAUAAAUUCCAUUUUAAAAUACAUUCAGAUAGAAAAUGGUUAUUUUAAAUAAUAUGAAUAAUCUCAAUUUUACUGUUUUUUCUGUACAUUGGAUCAAAUAAAUGCAGGCUUGGUAAACAGAAAAGAGUUCUUUAAAACACAUUAAAAAUCUAAAAAAAACUUUUGACUGGUAGUGUUUAUGCACUACUGUUCAAAAGUUUGGGGUUAUCAAGAUUUAUUUUAAAAGAAAUUAAUAGUUUUAUUUAGCAAGGAUUAAAUUGACCAUAAAUACAUUUAUAAUGUUCCAAAAGAUUUCUAUUUCAAAUAAAAUUAAUUUUCAAUUUAUCAGAAAAUCCUGGAGAAAAAUCAGUUUCCACAAAAAAAAAAAAAAAAUAUAUAUAUAUAUAUAUAUAAAUUACUUAAAGCACCAAAUGAAGGAUCAUGUGACACUAAAGACUUGAGUAAUGAUACUGAAAAUUGAGCUUUGCAUCACAGGAUUAUUUUUUACAAUUAUUUUUAAUUUUUCAUGUUUUUAUAAUAUUACUGUUUUUACUGUAAUUUUUAUUUUACUGUUUUUACUGUAUUUAUUUUAAUA